AUGGAGGGCGUGAUGUUGCCGACGGAUCGGGAAUUAUGGGAGUUGCUGCUCAAAGUGAUCCGGGUGGAUUCGCCGCCGUCUAUCAUCGGUGAUCUCCUCCAGAAGAUGCCGAAUUACUUGCAGGUCUUGGAAACGUCUUGGGAGUCCGUGGCCCUCCCCUCGGACACCCGGGAGGGCCCGGCGCAACUACCGACUUUGCCAGAUUACGUCAAGCAUGUGGUGUCCCGCUUGGUGGUCCUAUGCGCCCAAGGGGGAGCGCGCACAGUCCUGCACGCCCCAGCUUUGCUCAACUUGGAGCGGAUCUUCCUCAUCGUGCUCAAACGGCAUCCUAUCAUGGCCAAACAAGUCAUCAACCUCGUCCUGGUUCUUUGGACUCAGAUCCAUCUGGAAAGUCAACGCUUUUUCGCAAUGGACCCGCCACAGUGGUUGACCUUCGAAAUCGGUCCCGAGAAGUUGUCGAUAUUUGGACCCGAGGACGCGGAGCGGCUCCAAAUCAACCUAACUCAAUUGGCGGCUAAAAUAUCCGAGGCACUAAUCGCCUCCUCCCCGCGAACUUCGACUCUCUUUUGGAGCGUGCUCGUCGAGCAAUUGACCUUGGGCGAAUUGCCAUUGAAAGUCGCCUCAUUAAGACUAUACCACGCUCUUUUGCUGAUUGAGGAUGUUCCUAUUCUCAUGACGGAAUCGCAAAAAGCCUUUGACGUGCUAUUUUCACUGAUCCGAUUUAUGGCGGGGCCCACGGUAGGGUCUCUGCCCGAAUCCGAGAGGUCGGAUGUUCAACAUGGCUUGGAUUUGUGCUUGCUCGAAUGGAUGCAAGUUCCACUCAACGGAGCCACCCAAGACCAGUUUGUGGAUGAAAUUGUAUUUCUUUGGCAUGGCUUUCUUAAACAUGACGACUUAAAUGGAUUGAUGCGACUCGGAGAAGACCUUCAGCACACUCUUUACGAGUGCAUAGCCUACGCACUGACCCAUAUAGCCAAACCAGCUGCAGGCCGGUCAACCUCCUCAUCGCCCUCGCUUCCGUUAAAGAGCAAGAGCGGAUAUGAUAACUCGCUUGCAUUCUCUGUAAAUCAGCUAUCUCCACUCCUCAAAUGGGAACUGCCCAGUUGCAACGUGUUAGCGUGUCACAUUGCAUUAGAAAUUUUCGUUGCCCGAGAGGUGAACGGAAAUGUUUUACACGGCCACUCAUUGGAAAAUGUGUUCAAGCAGAGUCCCACAUGGAAGAGGAUCCAUGAAAUGGUCGAAUCUCAAGAAAGCACUGGAAGUCUCUCGUUCUCUCAUAUCCAAUGGACUUGCGAAAUCGCUUCUAAAAUCUUGGCCAACGUGGAGGACAAUCACCCAAAGCAGUAUUUGGACUUCUUAUCUCGGGAUAUCAAGGAUGUGUUCAUUGAAACCGCCCUAGAGAAGAUCAUUCAAAAGCCGCAUGACGCUCCAGUUUACCAAGCUUCGUUGAACAUUGUCUACAAGCUCCAAUAUUUUCAACCUCUGGAGACGUUCUCUCAACAGCAGCUAUUAAAGAUUGCAGCCAUUUGCACUCUACCUUGGAUGGAUGGGCAGAUGAAACUCUUAGAUCUUAGGAUCGGAGAUGCUCGAUCCCAAGAUCUCAUUCAAAUCAGUCCACAAGUCAAAAGUCACAUUUUAGAGGAGUCCAAAAUACUAGCCAUCCAAUGUUUAAGUCUCUUACCCAAGCAAGUGGCUCCCAAUUGGCGAUCUUUGGCCUUGAAGUUGGCUUGGACAGACCAUGAUCCGAUCCUCUGCCGUGCCAUUAUCGAGAAUAUUCCUUUAUUUGCCCAUCAAAUGGGACCAAAUGUGUUCACAUUCAUUGGGAACUUGGUGGAAGAAACCAUCAAUUUCUCCGAUGAUCGUAAGAUCUGCAUUCCUCUGCUGGCUAAAAUAUCGGGACUCCUCGUUUGCACUCACUCCAAAUUGACCCAGUUGAAGAGGUCCAAAGGAGAAAUCCUGGUUCGAUGCAUGCGCUGCGAUAAAGGCCAAGCCUUGAAUGCGACUGCCUCUGGAAAUGUGACUCCAGAGGACGUGACUCAUUUGCUCAAACUAGUAGGCCACGAGGACUUGAGCGUGAAAACGUUCGUCCUGAAUUUGAUCAAGCCUUUGUCCAAUCAUGUGGGGAUUAACGUGUCCACAGCGAGUAUCUUCAUGAACUACACGGACGAAAGGGACACGUUGGCGUUGAAAUUUGCCGCUCACAUCCCAUCCCUCAUUGUUCCCAGUGCCUUGAUUGGAUCGUCGGAACAGAUGAAAGCGAUCCAAGACUUCAAUCCCAAUACAAUUCCCUAUGAGGGGUGGUUCGAUCAAGACAAGGUCUGCGACUUUGUCAUGACUUGCUUGGAGGACUGCGUUCGAAAAGCCAUCUCCAGCAAAGGCUCGGCCUUUGUGGAUUGGCUUUGUCCGUCUUUGACCAAUCUGGGGUCCUUGAAGGUCCAAUCCAUUGGUCCUCGAUGUGUCCAAGCCAUCAUGGAUUUGCUUUUGGACCCGAAAUGCCAUGUGAGCACAGUGGUCCACACGGCCCACUUCCUACGAGAUCACUUCUCAACCUUCAAAGCACCCAUCCUCUCGAAAGUGUCCGAAGGUCUGGUGAAACGAGGCGUUUGGGCCACCUUCUCCUACGUCAUGACCGUCUUCGAGCAUUUGACUCGGAACCAUUUCCUGAAGCAGAAUGCACAUUACCUCGUGCCUGAACUGAUUUUGCUCUGCGUUCGGAACAAAUCCAAGGUUGCCUUGGAUGAUCUAGCCAAGUUGUGGAGGUCCGGGAGCAAGACCCGGUACCUUAUCGUGGAGAACCUUCAGUACAUCUUUCCUUACAUUGUGAACCACAGCUCGUCCUCAGAGUAUGCGGACUGUGUCCAACUCAUCGAAGACGAGACCAAAGUUAAGCUCAGUCAGCUCUUGCCGAGCCAUCGACAAAACGUGAUCACGGAGCUCUUGCGAAGUUUUCAUUCCAACAAUAAGAAGGUGAUUGUAGCCUGCCAAUGGAUGGCUCAAAACGAUAAGAACUUCAAAUUCAAAGGACGACCCACCAAAGACGAAUUGGCGCAAUAUCUUCAACCUCGAAUGCUCGGAGUGCUGGGUUACUUUGAUCAAAAGCUGCUCAAUGCUCAUACAUCCAACGAGCAGAAAUUGAAUCUUCUGCAUUCUCUUCACGAUUUGGUGGACUUCUUGGGCAAGGACAAUGUGGCUAAGGUUAAACACAAGGUGAUUUCUUCGCUUCAAACGGGGUUUGCGGCCAAGAUUCCAGGAUCACUGCCCAUUCUGGUCCAGACUUGGAUCAAGUUGUCCAAGUCCUUGGACCCGAGUGCUCUUGGGCCGGUUUUGGCUCCCAUUUUCGCCAUGACCUUGGGGUUUUACGACUUGGGAUUCACUGAUAUACUGGAGAUGUUCAAGACCCUGAUCCUUAAAAGAGGCGACAACCUCAAGGAUUGGUUCCAUCAGUUGACGUUUUUGCCGGAUUAUGAGGCCUUUCAAGAAGUGAAUGGUGCGGUCCGAAGUUAUCUCAAGAUCACCGAGAACACACCGUUCAAAGUCGUCAUCAAAAGUGUCUACAAAUGCCUUGAUAAUGAAAAUGUCGACGUGAAACUUCUCACUUUGCGCAAACUUAAAAACCUAAUCGAGACGAACACAGAUCUUCUUCACGGCUUGAUCAUCGGUUCAAACAAAGCGGAUCCCGUGAUCGGAGAUCUGCUUCACCGAGUAUUGAUAGCCACGCGGGAUUCCGACGCCAAUGUGGUCAGUUUGGCCGGACAAGUCUUGGGUCAAAUCGGAGCCGUGGAUGCGGGUCGGUUGCAGGUGACUCAAAAUCUGACCAAGCAUGCUCCCAAGGACAUUGCUCUCUACGUGACGGAUGUCGAGUUCGUCCGAGAGCUGAUUCGUAAUCUGGUCAGGGCCUAUCUAAACGCCAUGGAUUCGAAUGAUUCCGAGAAGAGCUCGUACUCCUUGCAAGAGAUUGUCAAGGAGUUUCAGAUUCACGGGAGUACUUCGAACGGAGACGGUCGAGCCAUUUGGGAUUUGCUUACGGAUGAAGAGCGGGAAGUGAUUAAACCUUUCAUGACAUCGUUGUACACGGUGGUGGGCAAACCGUGCACUUUCCCUAUCCCCAUCUACAAAUCUGAUUCUGGGCUCACCUAUCAUAAAUGGUUGUCCAAUUGGUGUUAUCAUCUGUUCUCGCAAGUGAUGGAGAAACGCGCUAAGAUGGUCUUCAACUCCUGCAAACCAACCUUGAGGACAGACUUGCAGUUAGCCCAAUUCAUUAUUCCCCACGCCAUCGUGAAUAUUGUGACGACGGGAAAAUCCGAGGACGUAGAAUCGGCCAUCCAAGAAAUCACUUACAUUCUAACCGACACUGAAAUCAAUCAAGGCGGUGACGGAAAAGGCUUAGAGCGUUUGUGCACGCAAACCAUAUUCUCUAUUCUGGACCAUUUGAUUCGCUGGCAAGCCAAACGAUACACCAUCCUUAUGGCCAAUAAACGCAAAUCCGACACCGCCAAGAAAGUCAAGGCCAAGGAUCCUGAAUACAUGGCCAUCAGCGCUUUCCUCGAGGCCAUUUCACAUGAAGCCAUUUCCGAGGCCGCUUUCCGUCAUAGGGCCUUUGAAAGGUCGGUGAAGCACUUGGAGCUUCAUUUAAAAUCCAAUCCCAACGAAUUCUCAUCCAAUAUUCAUCGAAUCCAACAGAUCUACGGAGCUUUAGGCGAAGAUGAUUUCCUCAAAGGGAUUGCUCAUGUUCGCACUUCCGAGCCUUCCCUGGAGGAACGGAUCUUUGAGCUCGAAUCCACGGGUCAUUUCCAAGACGCCCUAGCUUGCUAUGAAGCUUUGGGAAAGCGUCAAUUGGGCAAUGAAGCAGCCAUCAAGAAAGGUCUCAUCCGAUGCUAUUUGGAGAUUGACCAACCUCAUCUGGCCUCUAUGCUCUUGAAAGGGUUAAAUGGCAAAAUGAGCCAAGACCCGAGCUUCAAGCAAUAUCAGGUUCAAGUGGCUUGGCAAUUGGGACAAUGGGACGACUUGGAUCUGUUGACAGGAACCGAGGACAAAUCGGCCUACAAUUGGGACCAAGGCAUCGGGAAGUUGUUGAGCACCAUCCACAAGCAUGACGAGAGGGCGUUCUAUGAGCAAAUGGCCUGGGUCCGCCUCCAUGAGAUCCAGCCCAUCACUGCUGCAUCCAUGGAACAAGGCGCUUAUCACCGCGCUUACGAACAUUUGAUAAAGCUCCAUAUGCUCAACGAAAUUGAAUCUCUGGCUCGAACCAUCAUCUUCACCGAGAACGAGACUCCUCCCAAUGAAGCUGAUCUUCGGAAGUUGUUCCAAGCCUUGAAGCGACGAUCCGGGUUCGUUCAGCUUUCCACGAAAAGUCUGGAACCCAUCUUUAAACUCCGAAGAGGUCUUCUGGACUUGAGCCUCAGGAAACUCGAGUCCAAGCCCGAGUCCAAGUUGAAGGAUCUGGUGGCCAAAUAUCUCGGCGAAACUUGGCUCUUGGCCGCCAAUGUGUCCCGGAAAAGUGGCCAGUUGGACAAAGCUUUCAACUUGCUGAUCGAGACCGAGCGAUAUCCUUUAGUGGAUCAUUUCCUGGAACAGUCCAAGUUGGCUUGGGAUCGCAGUCGCCGUGAAGAGGCCAUUUCCAUCUUGAAGAAAGGCAUUCCCGCCGUGUUCCCUUGGUACAAACCCGGGAUGAAUAUGAAGCCAGUGGAUCGAGAUGUCCAUGAGAAAGGUGUGUUGGGCGAGGCCAAGUUGUUGUUGGCUAGGUUCACGGACGAGGCUGCCAAUUUGGAAACCGAGAGCGUGCCUUUACUCUACCAAGAGGCGAAGAAUGCGGACCCCACCAAUGAGGAUGUUUACUUCUACUUGGCCAAGUUCUUUGACAAGCAGAUCGGAAAGAACUACAAGAUCGAGGAGUUGGAACGGGUGGCUACCCAAGUAACCAAUGCCAUUGGAUUCUACUGUCGCUCCUUGGUGAUACAUGGUUCCAAGCACGUUCAUUUAGCCUUGCCUCGCUUGCUGACCUUGUGGUUCGAUUUGGGAACACGCCUCCAAAAUCUCGAGAAAGAGAAAGCCUCGUCGUCGUCUCAAACUUUGAUCAUGCUCAGGAAGCAGUUCUCGAAGGCCACGGAUUUUGUGCGAAACUGGUCGUUGAAGGUGCCGAAAUAUUUCCUGUUUGUCAAUUUCCCCACGUUGACGUCCCGGUUGUGUCACGCCCAUCCGGAGGUGUGGGCUGUGCUCAAGGACAUUCUCGUUCGAACGUUCAUGGAGUAUCCUGACCAAGUAUUUUGGCACAUGGUCGCUCUGUGCAAUUCCUCGUUUCCGGCUCGACGUGAACGGUGCAAGCAAAUAUUUGAUGUGGUAAUAUCGCAACGGAAGGACUUGCAGAAGUUCCUUCAAGACGCUUUGGAUCUGACCAAGACUUUGAAUAAGUUGAUUGAACUUCCCGCGAGCGAUCACUCGGAGGUGUCCAUGGAGGAGGUCUUGCCCGAGCUCCCCAAGCUGUUGGCUAAAUCGGGCUUCUCCAAUAUCAUGAUCCCCAAUUUGAAGCAAAUGUCGGUGGUUCUCCCGUCUGUGGAGGUCAAUCGGGAUCGGCACGCCCCUUUCCUGGGUGGCAAAGUCGGAUUCUAUCGCUUCAAGGACAAGGUGUCGAUCAUGUUGUCCAAAAUCAGACCCAAGAAGAUCUCAUUGGUGGGCACGGAUGGCAAGACCUACGGAUUUCUGUGCAAACCCAAAGACGAUUUGAGGAAGGAUGGCCGAUUGCUCGAUUUCUGCUAUCUCCUCAAUGAACUCCUCUCCAAGGACACAGAGUGUCGCAAACGGAAUCUACGAAUUAGGACCUACAAAGUAACUCCGUUAGAUGAAACGAAUGGCAUCAUCGAAUGGGUGGACAAUCUCAUGCCUUUCCGAACAGUCAUGGCCAAGAUCUACUUGGAGGAGCACGGCGUCAAACCCAUCAAUCGUGACGAUAUCGGCAAAUACGGUGCAGUCAAAGACGACAUGGAGAACAACAAAGCCAAGUUCGAGAUCCUCCUCAAACGUCACCAGCCGCCCGUCUUUGCCGACUGGUUCAUCUAUAACUUCCCUGAUCCUCAAACCUGGUUCUUGGCGCGUCUGCGAUACAUCCGAACGGCGGCUGUCAUGUCCAUGGUGGGCUACAUCCUGGGCCUCGGCGAUCGACACAACGAGAAUCUCCUCAUUGACACGAGUAAUGGCGAUACGGUUCACGUGGAUCUCAAUUGUCUCUUCGAAGAGGCGACGGAUUUGCGGGUGCCAGAGAUCGUUCCAUUCAGACUGACACAAAACAUGGUCCACGCCAUGGGUCCAUGUGGACACGCCGGGCCGUUUCAAAUUGCGUGCGAGGCUUCGCUUAAGUUGAUGCGCGAUCAAAAGGACGUACUCAUGUCGGCCUUGAGGCCCUUUUACUUUGAUCCCUUGGUGGAAUGGGCCAGUCGGAGAGAAAGAGGAGCGCCCGGACAAUCCAAGGUUCACGAGGAGAUUGUCAAUCAACGAGCGGUGGAAGUACUCAAUGCCAUCGAGGAGCGAUUACGCGGAAUCGUGGCCAAGAUGACCAGUCGCAGUCAGAGCAAGACCUUGAAGCAGCCUUUGUCCGUAUCAGGACAAGUGAAUUUCCUCAUUAAUGAGGCCACGUCCCAGACAAAUCUGGCUCAAAUGUACAUCGGCUGGUCGGGUUUCAUUUGAAGGACAACUUAUCUGUGAUCAAUUAUAAUGUCGAAUCAUUCAAAAGCGCGGCUGUGACGUAGAGAAAUGAACGAAUCCUGCAACUUUGGAACGCACGAG